AUGAUUAGGGUGAGUAAUGGGGAAUACUUGAUUGGAGUUGGGAGCUACGACAUGACUGGUCCUGCAGCUGGGGUCAACAUGAUGGGCUAUGCUAACAUUUACCAAACCACUGCUGGUGUCCAUUUUCGACUACGUGCCAGGACUUUCAUAGUGGCCGAUGAGGAUUCACAGGGUCCCAGGUUUGCUUUUGUUAAUCUUGACUCUGGAAUGGCUUCACAACUCGUCACCAUUAAACUACUGGAAAGGAUCAAAUCAAGGUACGGAAAUUUAUACAGAGAAGAAAAUGUGGCAAUUAGUGGUAUUCACACACACUCAGGACCCGGGGGUUAUUUGCAGUAUCUGGUUUACUCUGUUACAUCUCUUGGUUUUGUACAACAAUCAUUUGAUGCUAUUGUAAAUGCAAUUGAGCAGAGCCUAAUUCAGGCUCAUGAAAACCUUAAACCAGGUUCAAUUUUCAUCAACCAAGGGGAUGUAGAAAAGGGAGGAAUAAACAGGAGCCCAAGUGCUUAUCUGCUAAACCCAGAGGAGGAAAGAGGUCGAUACAAAAGCAACGUUGAUAGCUUAAUGACACUUUUGAAAUUUGUGGACAGCGCAAGCGGUAAGAGCCUUGGAAGCUUCAACUGGUUUCCCACGCAUGGAACCUCAAUGACCAAAAACAACAGGCUUAUCAGUGGUGACAAUAAGGGCGCUGCAGCAAGGUUCUUUGAGGACUGGUUUGCUGAUUCAACUACUAAUAAAUCAUUAUCAACAACCCCAAAUAUUGGUAAGAUAGUUGAGAAAGCGCAUCGAAUUAAAGCCACUGGAGGAAGGCUAUGCGGUGAAACGACAAGCAAAGGGUUUAAGGUGAGAAAAAACGACGGGUCACUAUUCGUGGGAGCUUUUUGCCAAUCCAAUGUAGGAGAUGUCACACCAAAUGUGUUGGGAGCAUUUUGCACUGACACUGGAAAACCUUGUGAUUUUAAUCACUCCUCUUGUAAUGGCGAUAACCAAAUUUGCUUGGGCCGUGGACCCGGGUAUCCAGAUGAAAUACUGAGCACCAAGAUCAUUGGCGAGAGACAGUUUCAAAAGGCUGUUGAUCUAUUUACUUCGGCUACAGAACAAGUGAGUGGGAAGAUCGAUUAUCGUCAUGUGUAUCUUAAUUUCACUAAUAUUGAAGUUGAGUUAGAUAACAGCAACAACAACAACGUAGUCCAUACCUGUCCUGCUGCUCUUGGACCAGGUUUUGCUGCUGGAACUACUGAUGGACCUGGUUUCGCUGGCUUUCAGCAAGGUGAUAAAGAGAUAAGUGAGAAGUGGAGAAAAGAAAGGGACAUAUUGAAAAAACCAAGCCAAUAUCAAGUGGAUUGUCAGCACCCUAAGCCAAUUUUGCUCGACACUGGUGAAAUGUUUGACCCUUAUGCAUGGGCGCCUGCGAUUAUUCCAAUUCAAAUGCUAAGGUUGGGAAAUCUGAUCAUACUUGCUGUUCCAGGAGAGUUUACUACAAUGGCCGGGCGACGGCUAAGAGAAGCAGUUAAGGAGACACUUAUAAGCUAUGGUAGAGGUGAAUUUGAAGACGACACACGUGUUGUUAUAGCUGGUUUAUCGAACACUUAUUCACAAUACAUUGCUACUUUUGAAGAAUACACACAACAACGAUAUGAGGCUUCUUCAACUCUCUAUGGUCCUCAUACAUUGUCAGCAUAUCUCCAAGAGUUUAAGAAAUUAGCGAAAGCAAUGGCAACUGGAGAAACAAUCAGCAAGGGUCCCUCUCCACCUGAUCUUUCCACUAUCCAACGUAGAGCCCAGAUAGGACCAUUUGGGGAUUCACCACCCUCAGGAGUGAAGUUUGGUGAUAUGAAAGAGGACAUAAAAGUACCAAAGAGAGGGUUCUUUAAGAGAGGGGAUCAUGAGAACAGACCCUAUGCAACAUUUUGGAGUGCCAACCCAAGCUAUGAUCUCUUGACAGAAGGAACUUUUGCUGUUGUAGAGACUCUUAUUCAAGGACAGGGGUGGAUUCCAGCUUAUGAUGAUGAUGAUUUCAGCUUGUUCUUUAAAUACAAAUUGGAUGAAAGUGGUUUGUACAGCUUAGCUAAUAUAGAAUGGGAUAUUCCAGAUGAUGUUAUGCUUGGUGUGUACAGACUAAGGCACUUUGGCUCGUCAAGGAAAGAAAAGGACUCCCCUAUCGUAUAUUUUACCGGCGCAUCUAGUGCAUUUGCAGUACUAUCAUAAGUAUGAAACCACAAUAAUAUAUUCUCUUUGAUUUGCAAGAUCUCAUCUCACCCUCAUUGGCCAGCUAAUAACAAUUACCAAUGUGUUGUUGAGUUGAUCCAUAGUACUGCAAACCAUAAUAUUUAUGUUCUAUAUUGUGCAGAAGUAUAACCUAUAUUUAUUAAUCAACAAUGUAUAUAUAUAUAUAUAUAUAUCUAUAAUCAUAACUCUAUAAAA